GGGGCGGAGAGCUGAGGGUGGGGGAAACGUCUUGGAGAUGGGAACGGGUCUGUUUCGCGCGGCUCCUCGGCGCGCCCCCUGCUCCCCCAGAGGAAGGUGGACUGGGGCGGGCGACCAGCCAGGGGGCUUCCUGCUAUUGUCCCCAGCCCGGACUCCCCUUCUCCAUCUCUUCCCCAGCCCUCGCUAGACUCUGGCUGUGACCUCGGCCACUCCCCAGAGGUGGCUUCGGGGCCAGGAGGGGAGAGAAAGGCUGUUUCCUUUUCCCAGCAAGGCAAGAGGAGGGGAGAAAAAGACGGCCAGGCGUCCCCCCUUUGCUUCAGAUGGGGGUAGGAAGCAGCUGGGAUUGGUCCCAGCAGGAUAAGCCUCACCCCAGGCUGCUCAGAUACUACUCCCCCAAAACAGCUAUGGAAAGCCCUCUUAAAGCUAUAUCACAGUUAAGUCUAGGGGCCCAUGCAAAGGCCAACCAAGUGUUUUUAGAGGCUGGACCUAGGUGGGCGGUGGGGUGGAGAGAGACUGGGUGAGAGGGAGGCAUGGCCUGCUCUCCUUGGGCAGAAGGAAGGGGCUGGGGGUGCCUGCUACCAACAUUUUGCCUAGAAAUGAAAAACAUGUAAAUGAGAUGCAAAUUAACUUCUAUUGUCCCCAGCUAGGGCGAUUUCGCUAAGAAAGCUGUUGGAUUCUGAGGGUUUUAAACGGGGGAGUGGUCACCAUGCCCCACAAACUCUCCCUGUUUCGUCUUUCCCAAGACUGGUCCUGCAGUUUCAGGAGUUUUUGGCUAGGAGCCAGCCCCAGCCCCUGCCCUCACAUCUCUGGGCGUGAAACAGCCAGCACCUUCGUAACCAAGCUCAAUAUCAACACACACACACCCUUCCAGGGCAGCAUCUCCUGUACCCUAGCCUCACUAGACUUCUGAAUUUUCACAUUUACUUUUAAGGGAUGUGGUAAGGAAGUGUAGUAACGCAGUCUCUUCCCUCCUCUGUCCUUUCUUCCAUCAGGUCAAAGGUCUUCUAUCUUCCUCACACCCCAACAGCAGUCACCACCCCAGGGCCAGCAUAUGGGUGAGGGGGCACCCCCUGGGGGCUGAGCUGCCCAGCACAGGAUGCCCCGUGCCCCCUGCUUCAUGCCCUUGCUGCUACUGCUGCUGCUGCUCUCACUUCCCCACACCCAAGCCUCCUUUCCCCGGGACCCCCUCCCUCUGCUGAUCUCUGACCUGCAAGGUACUUCCCCAUUAUCCUGGUUCCGGGGCCUGGAGGAUGAUGCUGUGGUUGCAGAACUUGGGCUGGACUUCCAGAAAUUCCUGACCUUGAACCGGACAUUGCUAGUGGCUGCUCGGGAUCAUGUUUUCUCCUUUGAUCUACAAGCUCAAGAAGAAGGAGAGGGGCUGGUGCCCAGCAAGUAUCUAACAUGGAGGAGCCAAGACAUGGAGAACUGUGCUGUGCGGGGGAAGCUGACGGAUGAGUGCUACAACUACAUUCGUGUUCUCGUUCCCUGGGACUCACAGACACUCCUUGCCUGUGGAACGAACUCAUUCAGCCCCGUGUGCCGCAGCUAUGAGAUAACUUCACUGCAGCAGGAGGGUGAGGAACUGAGUGGGCAAGCUCGAUGCCCCUUUGAUGCCACCCAGUCCAACGUGGCCGUCUUUGCAGAGGGCAGCCUGUAUUCAGCCACAGCUGCAGAUUUCCAGGCCAGUGACGCUGUAGUUUACAGAAGCCUUGGCCCUCAGCCCCCACUUCGCUCCGCCAAGUACGACUCCAAGUGGCUCCGAGAGCCACACUUUGUCCAUGCCUUGGAGCAUGGAGACCAUGUCUACUUCUUCUUCCGGGAGGUCUCUGUGGAGGAUGUCCGGCUGGGGAGGGUACAGUUCUCCCGUGUGGCCCGUGUGUGUAAGCGUGACAUGGGUGGCUCACCUCGGGCCUUGGAUCGUCAUUGGACAUCCUUUCUGAAGCUUCGGCUCAACUGCUCUGUUCCUGGGGACUCUGCCUUCUAUUUUGAUGUCUUACAGGCCUUAACUGGGCCUGUGAACUUUCAUGGCCGCUCUGCUCUCUUUGGAGUCUUCAGCACCCAAACCAACAGCAUUCCUGGCUCUGCAGUCUGUGCCUUCUACCUGGAUGAUAUUGAACGUGGGUUUGAGGGCAAGUUCAAGGAGCAGAGGAGUCUGGAUGGGGCCUGGACCCCUGUGUCUGAGGACAGGGUCCCCUCCCCCAGGCCAGGAUCCUGUGCAGGAGUAGGUGUAGCUGCCUUGUUCCCCUCUUCCCGAGAUCUCCCUGAUGAUGUCCUGACCUUCAUCAAGGCUCACCCACUGCUGGACCCUGCUGUGCCAUCUGCCACCCACCAGCCUCUCCUCACCCUCACCAGCAGGGCUCUCCUGACCCAGGUAGCUGUGGAUGGCACGGCUGGUCUCUAUAGUAACACCACAGUCCUGUUCCUCGGCUCCAAUGAUGGGACAGUGCUGAAAGUGCUGCCCCCGGGGGGGCAAUCUGGGGGACGUGAACCCAUCCUGUUGGAAGAGAUCAAUGCCUACAGCCCCUCCCGGUGCAGUGGGAAGCGGGCGGCCCAAACAGCACGGCAGGUGAUAGGGCUGGAGCUGGACACUGAAGGUCACAGACUCUUUGUGGCUUUUUCUGGCUGUAUCAUCUACCUCCCUCUCAGUCGGUGUGCCCGCCAUGGGGCCUGUAGGAGGAGCUGUUUGGCUUCUCAGGACCCAUACUGUGGAUGGCAUAGCUCCAGAGGCUGUGUGGAUAUCAGGGGACCUGGUGGGACUGAUGUGGAUCCAGCUGGGAACCAGGAAUCCUUGGAGCAUGGUGACUGCCAAGACGGAGCUACUGGGAGUCAGUCUGGCGCGGGGGACUCUGCUUAUGUGCUUCUGGGUCCUGGCCCUUCCCCUGAGACCCCCAGCCCCCCCAGUGAUGCCCACCCCCGGCCCCAGUCUUCCACUCUUGGAGCUCACACUCAGGGUGUGCGCCGGGACCUCCCAGCAGCCUCAGCCUCGCGCUCUGUCCCCAUCCCACUGCUCCUGGCCUGUGUGGCCGCAGCCUUCGCCCUGGGCGCCUCAGUCUCUGGCCUCCUGGUCUCCUGCGCUUGUCGCCGCGCCCACCGACGUCGGAGCAAGGACAUGGAGACCCCCGGACUCCCGCGCCCUCUCUCCCUUCGAAGCUUGGCCCGGUUGCACGGGCCGGGCCCUGAGCCGCCACCACCCUCCAAGGAUGGAGACACCGCGCAGAUGCCCCAGCUCUACACCACCUUCCUGCCUCCCCCGGAGGCCGGGCCCCCACCCGACCUGGCCUGCCUGCCCACCCCGGAGUCCACGCCCGAGCUGCCAGUCAAGCACCUCCGCAACGCCGGGGGUCCCUGGGAGUGGAACCAGAACGGGAACAACGCGAAGGAGGCCCCGGGCCCUGUGCGCUGCGGGAGCGCGCCAGGCGGCUCGGCGCCGCGCGUGCUAGUGAGGCCACCGCCACGCGGCUGCCCCGGGCAGGCUGUGGAAGUCACCACCCUGGAGGAACUGCUGCGCUACCUGCAUGCCCCGCAGCCAUUGGCCGGCUCCAGCCUUCUGCCCCGGGAAUGCGCCCCGCCACUGCGGCUGGACGUGCCCCCAGACGGGCAGUGCCCGAUGCCCCCUGGCCGGCCGGUCCCCGCUCCCCGGCUGGGGGUGGGGGGCAGCCGGAGGUUGCCCUUAUCCUCCCACCGUGCGCCCCCCGCCCUGCUCACUCGAGUCCCCUCGGGAGGCCCCUCCAGGUACUCCGGGAGACACCUGUACCUGGGCCGCCCUGAGGGCUACCGGGGACGCACCCUGAAGAGGGUGGACGCGGAGAAGGCCCAGUUGCCCCCGAAGCUCCCCCUCGUCGCGCCCUCCUCCCAGCUGGCCGUCCCUAACGGCAGCCAUUUUAACUUCUAAGGGAAGCUGCUCCGCUUCCGCCGUGAGCACGGACAUGUCUCCAAGGAUAGGUCACCUCCCUCUCUCCUUGUCCCUCACCUCCAGCCUUCCUGGACUCUGAGAGUCUCCCGGGGUCCCUGCCCACCUCGGGUUUAUUUAUUGUCCCCUCAAGAGAGCAGUGGGAGACGAGACGCUUGCCCCCUCAGUGAGCCAGCUUUUUUGGGGGGGCUGGCACACUCCCACUCCCCACUCCCUCAGCCAAGCUGCCUUAACUCGCCCCUCUGGGCUUCCUCCCUAGCUGGGCCCCCGGCGGGCCGCAGGCGGACAGACGGAUGGGGCUGGGGCCACUCGCGUUGUGUACAGAGUCCUCGGACCUCCUGGGACGUGCCUCCUACUGUGUAGGAGCCUUCGCUUCCCAAUACAGCUGUGUCCUCGA